GCUGAAUCAUUCCUUGAUUCCUCCUCAAAAUAACAACUCGUUUAGACCCCCGUUUUGGGUAUAACAUUUGGUAUCAGAGCUUUGUGUUGCAUAUCCCUCAAGGACCAUUCACACGCCUCUAAAAGUAAGUUGUUCAAGCUCAAACUCCAUCCUUUUCUUCCUCCAAAUCCACGGCCAGAAUCCACACUCCCUCUCACCCUCUCUCCUCUGCAACCAUGUCAAAUGAAUCCCGAACCAUGUCCCAUGAAGAGCUCAUUGCCUCCAAUACAGCCUUGAAAGCCCAAGUAGAGCACUUGGCUAAAGAAGUAGCCAAGCUUACGAAGAUGAAACUCAACAAGCUACAAGGAUGUGACCGUGAAGAAGACGCUAGCUCUAGUGGAACCAUGAAGCCUAAAGCCAAUGAAGGUUCUGACUUCAAAGUUGACAUUCCAACUUUUGAAGGGAAGAACGACCCGGACGAGUUCCUCGAGUGGCUAGAAACAGUGGAACGCGUCUUUGACUUCAAAGAUGUAUCCGACUAAAAGAUGGUCAAAAUAGUGGCCUUAAAGUUCCGGAAGUAUGCAUCAACUUGGUGGACCAAUACUUGCACCAAAAGAAGAAGGAACGGUAAAGAACCAGUGUCUACUUGGACUAAGAUGAGGUCCCUCUUAAAAAAAGAAGUUCUUACCCG